CUAGAACACCGCAGGCCAGGAACAAUUAUACACACAAGGAUAACUCUACCACACCUCCUUUUUUGCCUGUGUGACCUUUCACUUGAGUAUCUUGUGUAUCCUGCCACUUUCGUUGUUUCCGCUGUCUGACGACGUUCCGCUUGCCUCAACUUCCCGCCCAACUACACAGCAUGGCCACCACCAACGGCGCCAAUGGCGUCCCUCACAAGAAACCCUCUCUGCCGCCCGUGUACAUUGUUGCCGCUGCACGAACACCGGUGGGCAUGUUCCUAGGUUCCCUGGCCUCAAUGACCGCUCCCCAACUUGGUUCCCAUGCCAUCAAGUCUGCCCUCGAAAGAGUGCCCGAGAUCAAGCCUCAGGACGUACAAGAAGUAUUCUUCGGUAACGUCCUCUCUGCAAACCUCGGUCAAAACCCUGCCCGACAAUGCGCACUCGGAGCCGGUCUCGACAACUCGACUGUCUGCACAACGGUCAACAAAGUGUGUGCAUCGAGUGUGAAAGCUAUUGUCCUCGGAGCCCAGACAAUCAUGACUGGCAACGCCGAUAUCGUCGUGGCCGGUGGUGCUGAAUCGAUGUCCAACUGCCCUCACUACCUCCCUAACAUGCGCACCGGCGCCAAGUUUGGAAAUCAGUCACUGGUCGACGGUGUGCUAAGAGACGGUCUGACGGAUGCGUAUGGCAAGCAAGAACAUAUGGGUCUACAAGCCGAAGAGUGUGCUCAGGAGCAUGGCUUCAACCGCGAACAACAGGACGACUACGCUAUCCAGUCGUACCAACGGGCACAGGAAUCUCAGAAGGAAGGGCUGUUUGACUUUGAAAUCGCCCCUGUUCAACUCCCCGGAGCACGAGGAAAGCCGGGCGUGACGGUGGACAGGGAUGAUGAGCCCAAGAACCUCAACGUCGAGAAGCUGCGCUCAAUGAGACCUGCUUUCAUUCCCGACAAGGGUACUGUCACUGCUCCCAACGCAUCGCCUCUGAGCGAUGGCGGAGCGGCCGUUGUGUUGGUCUCGGAAGCCAAGCUCCAAGAACUCAACAUCAAGCCAUUGGCAAAGAUUCUAGGUUGGGGCGACGCCGCCCAUCAGCCCAGCAAGUUCACUACUGCUCCGGCACUGGCAAUUCCCAAGGCUCUCAAGCAUGCCGGUGUCACGCAAGAUCAGGUUGAUGCCUUCGAAAUCAACGAGGCUUUCAGCGUGGUUGCUCUCGCAAACAUGAAGCUUCUGGGUCUGAGUGCAGACAAGGUCAAUGUGCACGGUGGCGCCGUUGCCAUUGGACAUCCCCUUGGUGCUUCGGGUGCCAGAAUCGUCAACACAUUGCUUGGUGUCCUGAAAGCUAAGAAAGGAAAGAUUGGCUGUGUCGGUAUCUGCAAUGGCGGGGGUGGUGCAAGUGCCCUUGUUAUUGAAUCUUUGAUGUAGAAGUGCGUUGCGUAUGCUUUGGACAGCGACAUCAGAGCGGGUGUCGGGAACAAAAGGGCGCUUUAGGGGCACUACUCGAGAAGGGUACAUAACUUGGUCGUGCUUUGGUCACAAAAGAACAUUAAUACUGCGAAAAUACUGCACAUAUUCAAUAUCCA